UAUAAAACCAGAACUGUUGCUGCUUUACAGUUUACAGUUUUGUUUAUCCCUCUUUUCUCUUCUUUGAGGACUGAAAUGGUGAACAUGACUACAUUUUAUACUUCGCUGCUAAACAGUAACGCAGCACAGCUGCUUUGUGUCUCACUUUUGCUGCUACUUGUGCUUUACGUGUCAUUGACUUGGACACCUUCUCCUUUCAAACUACCUCCAGGUCCCAUUCCGCUUCCUAUUAUUGGUAACCUGCACAUACUGAAUCUGAAACAGCUCGAUGAAUCACUGAUAAAGCUGUCUGAAAAAUAUGGCAAUGUCUUCACCAUACAACUUGGCCCAAGAAAAGCAAUAGUACUGGUUGGUUAUGACGUUGUACAAGAUGCACUAGUAAAUCAUGCAGAAGCAUUUGGUGAAAGAGCUAAGGAACCUAUGUUUGAAUGUACAUCACGUGGAAAAGGUAUAAUUUUUGGCCAUGGAGAGAGCUGGAAAACUAUGCGACGGUUUGCUUUAUCAACAAUGCGAGAUUUUGGAAUGGGAAAGAAAAAUAUUGAAGACCGGAUCCAUCAGGAGGCUCAGAUGCUGAUUAGAUAUUUUGAAUCUCACAAAGGUCAGCCAUUUUGCCCCAAGGGAAUAAUGAACAGAUGUACUGCCAAUGUGAUCUGCUCCAUAGUUUUAGGAAAAAGGUUUGAUUAUGAAGACCCUGCAUUCAUCAAACUGACAAGACAAGUGACUGAAGGUGUGGAGAAUCUGAUUACUCCUCUUCUGAUGCUAUACAAUUUCUUCCCAAAGCUUGGAUUUCUUCUCGGAGCACAUAAGACUGUCAUGAGAAUUGUGAAAGAACAGGAAGAAUACUUCAGUGAAUUCAUAAAGUCAAGCAGACAAACCAUGGAUGAGAAUGACAUUAGAAGUUUUGUUGAUGCAUUUAUGCUGAAACAACAAGAGGAAAAUAAGAAAACACAUACAUACUUUACUGAUGAAAACCUUCUUGUUUCAACAUGGAAUCUUUUUGGAGCUGGAACAGAAACUUCUUCUACAACACUUUUGUGGGCCUUUCUUCUCAUGAUGAAAUAUCCAGAAAUUCAAAAAAAAGUUCAAGAAGAAAUUGAUGAAGUUGUUGGAAGUGAACGACUGCCAAAACUUGAAGACAAAGUAAAUUUGCCAUACUGUGAUGCAGUGAUCCAUGAAACCCAGAGAUUUGGCAAUAUUACCCCACUACCUGUAGGCCGUGCAACAACUUAUGAUACACAUUUUCGAGGUUAUUUUAUACCUAAGGACACAAACGUGUUACCAGUUCUCACUUCUGUACUAUAUGAUAAAACUCAGUGGGAAACACCAUACAGAUUCACACCUUCUCACUUUCUGGAUGCAAAUGGGAAAUUUGUGAAGAGAGCAGCAUUUAUACCAUUCCUUGCAGGUCGAAGAAGUUGUUUAGGUGGAAGUCUUGCAAAAGCAGAGUUAUUUCUGUUUUUCACAGCUGUGAUGCAGAAGUUCACUUUUUGUCCCUCUCCUGGUGUCACUUCUGAAGACUUGGAACUAUUACCUGAAGUUGGAGUUACUUUAUGUCCAAAGCCCUACUUGCUGUGUGCAGUACCUCGUAAAUAGAAAAUAAUUUAUUUGUGACUUUUUUGUGGAGAUGUUUAUAUUGCACAUUAAUUCAAAUGUAUUUUUAUCAUUUGAUACAUUCAUUAGUGAUCAUUUCAACAGCUUGGUUUGAACUCUGAGAGCCAACUACUUCAUUACCCUGAAUUUUGCUAUAAUAUCCCUCAUUUUAUUUUGUAAACACUGCAUUGAAUGAUGAGUAUUGGUGAGACCUUUAUUUCUGAAAUGUUAGUCAGUGAAAGAUAGUUAAAAUAAGCAUUUGAAGUGCAGAAUGUUUGUUUGUUCAUUGAAUAGUUGCUGAAUAGUGGCAUGGUAACCAAAUAAUGAAAACGGAAUGAUACCUGUAGUAAACACAACCAACAGAAACAAUGCAUGGAAGAAAAUGUUAACAAAAACUGAGAUGCUGUGUUAGUAACAAACAUCAAAGGCCAUAAUUUCUUCCACAUACUAUUUUGUGCAGCAGAAACACAGGAGACCAUUGUUUAUCACUCCCUGACAAGUAUUUCUUGAUGAAAUACAUAAUUUUCCAACAUAUUUCUGUUAAGAAAAUGGGCUUUCUGUGAUGUAGAUUCAGUAAAAGAUAGUGUAAUUAUUUGCUUUUUGCCUUAAAGCUUCAAUGCUCCGUACUAAGCAGUUCCUUAAUGUCUGAUCAAUCUUCUACAAUGGUAAACAUAGUUAAAUAAGUAAAUUAAUAAAUAAACUAUAACACAGAGUUGCAAAGAAAUUGCCAAGACUGAAUAUUCUUUUUUUCAGUAUUUUCUUUCAUUGUUCUUUAUUCUUUUAUUUUGUAUUUACUGUAUGAUUCUUUGGGGCUGUAAUGGAUCAAAAAUGAAAAUAUUAGUGUAGAGAAAUAGUAUACAUUUUUGCAAAGUAGGGUAAAAAUGUAAUGAUGGAGUGAGCGCAAGAUGAGAGCAUAGAAAAUGGAUAGAGUAUUUAUUAAAUGUAUAAACAUUCUUUCCUGAUUUAGUAACACUGUCACUGGUUAUACUGCAGUCUGCUUGUGAAGAGGGGAU